CUUCCCCUGCCUAGACGGGUUCCCAAACGCCCAAAAUAUAUUUUUGAAGCUUAGAUGAAAAUCUGCAUACCAGACAUUAUUGUCCAUAGCAACAGCAUUUUUCGUGAAUUUUAUUUCCUGAUGAGAAUUAGUGAGUUUUGAAAUAAUUAUUUGUACAUGAGGAGACCUUCCAACUAAAAAUGGGAGAUUCACCAGCAAGAUCCAAUGUAGGUUCACCAGAUGCCUCGAUUGCAUCAGGCAAAAAAUCUAGGCAAGAUAAUCAAUCAAGACAAUCAGGAAGAGUUACCUUUCCUAAUUCUGCAAAGUCUAGCUCCAACCAUUCUGUCCUAUCAGAUGACACAAUGCCAGCAGGCAAUCCAUUCAAGAUGCCACCAGACAGUGAUAUUUUUCUAAUGAGAGACAAAGAAAGACAAAGAAAGAAACAGGAACGUUUAAGACAGCGAGAUCUCAAGGUACAUGAGAAGACAACAUAUGCAUCUAAGGUAAACUUCAAAACGGCUCAGAUGAUAAAACCGACAGAUUCUGAUGAAGAGAAGGAUGAUGAAGAGACAGAUAAAGCAGUUGCUGUCAAAGAUGAUCCACAGUUUACUAUUGCUGUGACCAGAGAUCGGCAUGUAGAGAAAGAAUCACUAGCUGAGUACAUUGCCAAGAAAAGAGAGAUGUUUCUAGUCCAGUAUUCGCUUGGUGUAAAGAGAGAUGAGACUCAGAAGCUUGAAGAGAUUGCCCAGGCAGAGGAGAGAAAACUUGAACUAGCAGAACAAUAUCUAGAAGAAGAUGCUGCCAUGUUUGAUGAAUUCUUGAAAGAAAAUGAUUCAAAUUCUGCAGAGGCAAUGAGAAUUGCAGAAACAGAGACGAAAGCUAAACUGGAGAAAGUAGCAGAAAUUAAAAGAAUAAAUGCCAACAUGAUGGCCAUCAAAUCAGAGAUCUCCAAAUAUGAAGACACACUUAAAGAAUAUCAGAUGUACAGAAAUUUCUUGGAAAAUCUUACUCCACCAGAGAUAAAGAAAGAUAUAGAUGAAAGACGAUCCAAGAAGCGAGCAGAGAGAAGGGCGGAGAGAGAAAAAGUUAAGGCUGCACAAAGAACUACCUCAGAUCUUGUACAAGAGAAAGUUGAUACGAAGUCCAAGAAGCGCAGCGGGAAACAUCCUGAUGUUGCAAAGAAAGGAUCAGCAACUAAAAGAACUGCAGAGCAAGAAAGUACUGUAUCCACGGUAACAGAAUCAGAUGAUGAUAGUGAUGAGGUUGGAACAUCAUCAUCAACUUGUAUACCAAGAUAUACAUUGUCAGAUGGUUUGAGAAAGGAUUUGGAGUUAUUUUUCACAGACCCACAACAGCUAUUGGAUAUAUUUGCGGAACUGGAAGAACAAAAUCUUUCCCUUAUACAAAAUAGUCAAGAGACAGAGGAGGCAUUAGAAGAAAUGAAACAGACUAUAAAAGUUACAAAACAAAAAAUGGAGAAAGAAACAUCAAUAUUGAAAGAACAGAUUGACAAAUUAAACACACAGAUAAGAAAAGAAGAAAAACGAGCAGAGGAAUUAAAAAUCAAAGCAAAAAUGUUUUCCUAUGGUGAAUUUAAACAAGAAGAUCAGGAGAAGAUGUUGGCACAGCUGAACAAAAAAGUGGAAGAGGUUUACCGGAGCUGUAUAGGAGACAAUGAGGCAAACAUUAGUCUUACAGGUGCAAAAGGCCAAAAACUAAACAUUAAAACUGACUGGGAGCUUAUACUUGAGAACACACUACAAAUGUUGACGAACAUAGAGAACCGGCUGGAAGAACUAUUUGAACAGAUUGAGACCAUGCCACAGGAUAAAGUGGAAGCAGCUGAAAAGGCCAAAGAGAAGGAGCGUAGGUUGAAAUUAAGAGAGGAGAAGAUGGAGCAACAGAGACUCCACCAGGAGGAGCGUGUAAGAAAAGCCCUGGAGAGAGCUAAAGCUGAACCAAAGAAGCAGACUGGCAGAAAACUUGUGUUCAGAUCAGAGCCGCCACGCCACAAAAAGAAAGAAGACGAUAGAAACGAUCAACAGAGCAAAGAGGAGGAAGAAUUAGCAUAUUUUUUCACUUGGUAGAACUAGUGUCAAAUUAUUUCUUUUUAAAUUUUACUGAAUAUCUAUCAAAAAACAAAGACAAAACAUAGAAAUAAAUACAUGCUAAUUAAAAGAUGUUUCUUAUUGUGUUAAGACAACCUGCCAUUGUAACAUUUUCAGUACUACCAGAAAUAAAACUAACAUGUUUUCCAGUGUAAUUUCUUGAAUGUCAUUGCAGGUUACGUAAAUGUUACUUAGAAGUAGUGUCCCAAAAUUAGCAGAGGUUUUACAAGUCCACACUUAUUUUUCGUUAAUACCUGAAGCAAAAAAUAAAAAUAAAAAAGACUUUAUUGUCCUAUAAAGUAUUGAGGAUAUAUUUUGAACAGUAUUCAGUUUUUAGACCGACAUCAAAAAUAUAGUUCUUAUUCAUUAACGUUUUCUACUGUAGAUUGUAUAAGUUUUGCAUUCGUUUUAUUAGCUCAUCUGAUUUUUUGAAAAAAAAUGAUGAGUUAUUGUCAUCACUUGAGCGGUUGUCGGCGUCGGCGUCUGCGUCGGCGUUGCCUGGUUAAGUUUUAUGUUUAGGUCAGCUUUUCUCCUAAACUAUCAAAGCUAUUGCUUUGAAACUUGGAAUACUUGUUCACCAUCAUAAGCUGACCCUGUAUAGCAAGAAACAUAACUCCAUCUUGCUUUUUGCAAGAUUUAUGGCCCCUUUUGUACUUAGAAAAUAUCAGAUUUCUUGGUUAAGUUUUAUGUUUAGGUCAACUUUUCUCCUAAACUAUCAAAGCUAUUGCUUUGAAACUUGGAAUACUUGUUCACCAUCAUAAGCAGACCCUGUACAUCAAGAAACAUAACUCCAUCUUGCUUUUUGCAAGAUUUAUUGCCCCUUUUGGACUUAGAAAAUCAGUUUUCUUGGUUAAGUUUUAUGUUUAGGUCAGCUUUUAUCCUAAACUAUCAAAGCUAUUGCUUUAAAACUUGCAACACUUGUUCACCAUCAUAAGUUGACCCUGUAUAGCAAGAAACAUAACUCCGUCCUGCUUUUUGCAAGACUUAUGGCCCCUUUUGGACUUAGAAAAUAUCAGAUUUCUUGGUUAAGUUUUAUGUUUAGGUCAACUUUUUCUCUUAAACUAUCAAAGCUAUUGCUUUGAAACUUGCAACACUUGUUCACCAUCAUAAGCUGACCCUGUACAGCAAGCAACAUAACUCCAUCCUGCUUUUUGCAAUAAUUAUUGCCCCUUUUGGACUUAGAAAAUCAUUUUCUUGGUUGAGUAUUAUGUUUAAGUCAACUUUUCUCAUAAACUAUCAAAGCUAUUGCUUUAAAACUUGCAACAGUUUUUCACCAUCAUAAGUGGACACUGUACAUCAAGAAACAUAACUCUAUCCUGCUUUUUGCAAGAAUGAUGGCCCUUUUUAGACUUAGAAAAUCAUGGGUAGGACAAUAUUUCUAUUACACAAAAAAAAUCAGAUGAGCGUCAGCACCCGCAAGGCGGUGCUCUUGUUUACCAAUGUAAUGGUUAGCAGUCUCAUUUGCAAUGUUAAGAAUUAGCGAAACACAGUUGUUUGUUUUAGGCCAUGUAAUGCAGAUUUAUAUUCACGAAAAUUCUUCAUUUUGAAUGGUAUCAUUCACGAAUGUUUUCCAUUUUGAAUGGCAGUAUUCAGGAAUAUUUUCCAUUUUGAAUGGCAGUAUUCAGGAAUAUUUUCCAUUCUGAAUGGCAGUAUUCAGGAAUAUUUUCCAUUCCGAAUGGCAGUAUUCAGGAAUAUUUUCCAUUUUGAAUGGCAGUAUUCAGGAAUAUUUUAUAUUCUGAAUGGCAGUAUUCAGGAAUAUUUGAAUGGCAGUAUUCAGGAAUAUUUUCCAUUCUGAAUGUCAGUAUUCAGGAAUAUUUUCCAUUCUGAAUGGAAUUAUUCACAAAUAUUUACUAAAAUAAAACCAUUGCAAAUAUCAUCCAGUCUACAGUAUUUUAUUAUUAAACAAUGUUUUAGUUUGAAGUCAUUAAUUUGCUAUUCAAUCAUUCAUUCUGGUGCUUGUAAUACACAAAACAUAGCCAACAAAUAACUUCAUACCCAUUCAUAGAAAAAAAAUACUUUAUAAAAUAAUCAUGUUCCACAUACUUUAUUAGAAGUAUUGUAUUUAUUAUCAUGGCAUUUCAGUUAUUAUAAAACAAAAUAAUAUUUGAAAGAGAAUUUAAACUUGAAGUCAGUGUUUGUGACCAUGAUAAUGCAGAACCUUUAGCAUGCUAGGUAAAUUGUCGUCUGCUGGAAAUGUCGUCUGCUAAAAUUGUUAAGUUCAUUCAAUUUGCUCCAAAAUUGGAAGAAAUAUUGUCAGAGUAGCAAACAGCUUGGAACCUGAUCAGACGCCGAUUUAAUUGGCGUCUGAUCUGGUUCCAAGCUGUUUGCAAAGGCUGUUAAAUUGGCCUGCAGCAGGCUAAGGGUUAAUAGAUCCUGUAGAAAAAAGUUUUGAGAGCGUGUGCUAAAAAACUGGAAUGAUGCAAAUUUAUUUUGUUUUAUGGUAUCUAAUUUGAUUUGUUUUUCAGUAUAAUGUCCGUCCAUUGUUAAGACUGCCAUUUUGUUCUGUAAAAUAUUUUGUGAAGUUUUAUUGUUAACGAUAAUUUAUUACGUGUUUAUAUAAAUAUGUAAUGCCAUCUGUAAGAUAUUUUGAAGUCGAUAUAAAAAGAGAAAAUAUGAAAUAAAAAUUAUUAAAACAAUAUUACUGGUA